AUGGCAGGUAUUAAAGACAGUCGACGCCAAAGAAGCACUGAACUGGUUGGGUUCGAAGUUGAGAUAUCGUGCAUACCUGUAAAAGAUCCUCGGUCGUGCUAUGAUAAACUCGAGGAGGUCUACUAUUCUCUCCAGCGACUAGUGAACGAGAGUCGAUUCUCCAUACUGGUGGAUCAAACGCGAUAUGAUAUUGUCUCCAACGGCACAUCUGUUGAUGGAGAGGUUUCAUGCCCGCCAGGAACUGUGGAGAUUAAUUUCUUCUGUGUACAAUGCGGCCCAGGCAGCUACCCGGUAGACUACUACUGUGAGCGCUGCCCACGUGGUACCUUCAAAGAGGACUUCACGAGCCCAGAAUGUACGCCUUGUCCAUCAGGCUGGACCACAAAUGGACUGCAGACUCGUAACGCUUCCAUGUGUAAUGUUCAACUAUCAAGACCCGAAGAACAUGGACAAGAUUGUGGAGACCCGAACACAGUCCUGAGAAAUAACAUGUAUAAAUUGACAACGCCAAACAACACCCUUUAUAACGCCAAGGUCAACGUGACAUGUGUACCAGGUUACCACUUAAAUCAAACCCAAGAAAACCACCCAAAUGGAACCCAACGUACCGACGAUGUCACGGAAAUUAUCACUUGUGCGGAUACUGGAAACUGGAGUCAAAUAUCUGGUUGUCAGCCAAAGGAUUGUGGAGACCCGAACACAGUCCUGAGAAAUAACAUGUAUACAUUGACAACGCCAAACAACACCCUUUAUAACGCCAAGGUCAACGUGACAUGUGUACCAGGUUACCACUUAAAUCAAACCCAAGAAAACCACCCAAAUGGAACCCAACGUACCGACGAUGUCACGGAAAUUAUCACUUGUGCGGAUACUGGAAACUGGAGUCAAAUAUCUGGUUGUCAGCCAAAGGAUUGUGGAGACCCGAACACAGUCCUGAGAAAUAACAUGUAUACAUUGACAACGCCAAACAACACCCUUUAUAACGCCAAGGUCAACGUGACAUGUGUACCAGGUUACCACUUAAAUCAAACCCAAGAAAACCACCCAAAUGGAACCCAACGUACCGACGAUGUCACGGAAAUUAUCACUUGUGCGGAUACUGGAAACUGGAGUCAAAUAUCUGGUUGUCAGCCAAAGGAUUGUGGAGACCCGAACACAGUCCUGAGAAAUAACAUGUAUAAAUUGACAACGCCAAACAACACCCUUUAUAACGCCAAGGUCAACGUGACAUGUGUACCAGGUUACCACUUAAAUCAAACCCAAGAAAACCACCCAAAUGGAACCCAACGUACCGACGAUGUCACGGAAAUUAUCACUUGUGCGGAUACUGGAAACUGGAGUCAAAUAUCUGGUUGUCAGCCAAAGGAUUGUGGAGACCCGAACACAGUCCUGAGAAAUAACAUGUAUAAAUUGACAACGCCAAAUAACACCCUUUAUAACGCCAAGGUCAACGUGACAUGUGUACCAGAGACCAUCAUAGAGGUUGCGCCAGGACUAACAUCUCGCACGCCCGAGAAUACCAAAGUGGACGUGAAUGAAGAUUCUGAACACCAAACAUCGGAAUCUAAAUCCUCACCAGUUCACAUCCUAAUGGCUGUAAACUCAUAA